GUGCUGUAAGACACUAGCCAGCAUCGGUGCCCCCAAGUGGUGCAAGGCUGAGACGCCGCAUAGGACCGCUGGUGGAGCCGCAGGCUCGUGGAAAGUCACAGCUCUUCAGCGAGUGCGCAACCAUGGCCCGCAUCACCGCUCUCGUCGCCGCGGCGACGCUGUGCAACGCCUGGACGCCAGCACGGCACAUCAGGCCUAGAUCGAUCCAACUUAGAGCAGCGGACGAGGACUUCGACGUCGACAUGAUGUUAUUGGAAACGGAAGAAAAGAUGCAGAAGUCGAUCGCGGCGUGCGUGUCCAAUCUCGGCGCGCUACGGACGGGCCGCGCCUCUCCAGACGUCUUGAAGCGCGUGGUGGUGGACUACUACGGGGCGGAGACGCCCUUGAACCAGCUCGCGUCCAUCUCCGUGGCGAGCGGCACGCAGUUAGUUGUGAGCCCUUUCGACAAAAGUACGUUGGGCGACGUCGAGGCCGCGCUACUAGAUGCCAAUUUAGGAAUGACGCCGAACAACGACGGCGAGAUCAUCCGCCUCAACAUUCCCCAGUUGACCGAGGAUAGAAGGAAAGACGUCGCCAAGGAGGCGAAAGCUGUAGGGGAAGAAGCAAAAGUCGCGGUGCGCAGCACGCGGAAGAAGGCCAACGACUCCGUCAAGAAGAAGGGCAAGGAUUUGAGCGAGGACGUCGCGAAGGACGCCCAGGACCAGAUCCAGAAGCUCACCGAUAAACUGGUGAAGGAGAUCGAUGCCUUGGUCGCGAAGAAGGAGAAGGAGGUCAUGACCGUCUGAGUAACGACCUUUACUCUA